AUGGCGUACACGGGAACCCUGAAGAAGUUCAUGGAUGGCAAGGGCUUCGGCUUCAUCGAGAACUCCGACGGUUCAGGCGAUGUUUUCGUGCACUUCUCUCAGUUGACCAACGGCGGCUCUGAAGACAUGGUUGUCGGUACGGAGAUGACCUUCGACAUUGAGGAAGAUGCGCGAAGUGGCAAGACAAAGGCCACCAACGUGACGCUGCAGGGCGGUGGUGGGGGCGGUGGCGGUGGCGGUGGCUAUGGUGGUGGCUAUGAUUCCGGCAAGGGCUCAAAGGGCAAAGGGAAGGGCAAGCGUUACGACCCGUACUGA